AAUUAUUGGUAUAUUGUGUUAUUUAUCUGAAGUUUUGUCCAUCCCACCUGGGACGGUCAAUGGGUGUAAGCAAACAGAUGGAACCCGAUUUUGCUGCACUGGUUUUUAUGAACUGAAUGAUACAUGCCAAGAAUGUGUUGGAUCAUUCGGACAUAACUGUGUAAAUCCAUGCCCUCCUGGAUGGUUUGGUCCUAGAUGUAGAAAAACAUGUACAUGCCCAGAUAAUAAGUGUGAUGAUGUCCUCGGUUGUGUUAAGGAUAAACUUUCCUCUCUGAGCCCUACAAGCAAUUUAAGCACAGAUGGCAGUGUCAUGUCUAAUCAUGCCAACAUUUCAACAGACGUGUAUGUUAAAGUUUUGAUCACUGAAAAGGGACUUUGGGGAAACUUAAAGACAAUGGGAAUACAAUAUUGGAUUAUUCUUUCAAGUGCCCUUUUUCUUUUUAUUCUCACUGCGUUUAGCAUCGUUAUCAUCACUUGCAACAGAAAAACAAAACAAAUACAGCAGAAUUACCAUUUGAUUAAAGAAGAGAGUAACAGUGUAUAUGCUGUUCCAAAGGAAGAAAAAAGAGAGGGUCUCUUUGCUGGUCUAAUGAGAGACAGUGUGUAUGCUGGUCAUAAACUGAACAACUUGACUUUUUCUACUCAUUUAAAGUCUGAUAAACAGAUUGGCUCUGAGCAAGUGUAUAUGCACUUAAAGCACUUCAACGAAGAAAUUUAAAACAGACAUCAUAUUUCUUGGUAUAAAGAAAUGUUUGUAUAGAAUUGUUAAACGACAAUGUGGCCGCGUACACUCAAUUAAAUCAUUUAAUAUUUGACAUUUUGAACAUACUUUGAAAGUACUGCUUCUUUAAUUAGAUUCCUUUCUACAGAGAUUACAUGUUUUAUUGUAGGAUGAUAGUAUCAAUCUAAAUACCUCUUAAUAGUCGUAACAAGGAUAAAUCUUACUUUUUAUUAUCUAAAUUGACUUAAGUUAAAUGUGAUUAUUAUUCAUUGUUUAAAUAAGCUCUUGAUCUACUUUCCGUAAUCAAAAUUUACAUCCUUCUUCCCUACUUCAAUAUAAAAUCACAUGACUUGAACCGAAAAACAUAAUAUCCUGAUCCUACAUUUCUACGUAUAUAUCUGUGAAAAUAUGGUGAAUUAAAAAUAUUUUGUUAAGGAGCUUAAAUGUGAAUGCUGGUAUACACCAAUACAAUAACCUUGCAUUUCUUGAGAAAAAGUCUUCACCCAGUAAAAUUUUAAUCGUAUUUAGUGUUGUUUGUUAACCUUUAUUCAUUGACUUGAAUUCUCAGAGGAAUGUCUACGUACAUAAUCUAAUCUUGCAUUGUUGUAUAAUUUGUAGAUACAGUUUAUGACAGUAUAUAGAUUUUGAAAAUUUGAAUUUUAUUUUGUUAUCAUAUUAUUGCCAAUAAACAUUUGCGUGUAAAUA